ACUACCGUCAGUGACUGUACCGGCGACGGCGACCAACGUCCGGUGUGCAUGUAGGUACUGUGGCACAAAAUAGUCUGUGAUUGUGAACUGACUGAGUCUGAGGCUGAGCUGAGUCUGAUAAUAGUCGGGGGACCAAUAGAUUAAUUCAUAAUUGAGGCUAUGAAUCGCCUACAACUCAGCUUUACGGGGUGCUUUAUCUUUCAGAGAAUUUGGAAUUUGUUCUAGAAAAAAACAAGUUGUAGAAGUGGAGGCAUGGAGAUGCCUAAAAGACAGAGCAGUUGUCUUUUAACAGACAAGAGCAAUGCUUGGAAGUAUCUAGCUGGUAUCAAACUCUCAUCACUCCAACCAAAUGUGGUGGCAGAGGACUUUUAUGAAGAACCAGAGACCAUUGUUGGUGUCGAAAAUAAUGAGCCUGAAGUUUACACAGUUUCCAAUACAAUGUCAUGUUCCCUGUGUGAUUGCACAUUCGAGGACAGACACCAACAGAAAGCUCAUUAUCGUCUUGAUUGGCACCGGUUUAACUUGAAGCAGAGGAUGUCUGGGCUCAAGUCACUCUCGGAAGAGGCUUUUUCUCAGAGGGCAGAUGAUCUGUCCAGUAUCUCUGGCAGCGGUGACUCUUCCUCAUCGUCAUCGGACGAAGACAUAGACAUGUCUCCCAUCUCAAGAACCUCUCGUCAAGUCCAAAGAAGGAGAAAGAAGGCGAGUUCUAUCCACAAGUAUGACAGCGACGACGACGAUGGUGUCGAUGGAGGGAAGGAAGGAGGAAACAGUAGACGAUGUCCAAGAAUCUAUUUUGAUAACGAUGACGGAGAGGUGGUGUCUGUUUAUCGCUGCAUCAUCCAUGGCAAGAGGGAAGCACCAAGCAAUCACACAGAGCUGAUAUCCAGGACUCUUGGUUUGUUGACCAAUCAGAAGUGGGCUAUCAUAAUGACUGGUGGUGGCCAUUUUGCUGCUGCAUUGUAUGAUGGACCUGAUGUCAUCGUUCAUAAGACUUUUCAUAGGUACACUGUGCGUGCCAAGAGAGGAACUGUCCAGUCUGUUAAAGACGCACAGGGAAGUGCUGCAAAAUCUGCAGGAGCUUCCAUCAGAAGGCACAACGAAGCGGCCUUGAACCAAGAAGUCCAGGACCUUCUGGCGUCCUGGAAGGACCACUUGGACGCCUGCACCAGGAUCUUCCUCAGAGUACCCGCCUAUAACAGGGCCAUGUUUUAUGGAGGGAAGUGCCCUGCUCUCGUGAAGGGGGACAGCAGGGUGAUCACCAUCCCUUUCGCCACCCGCAGGGCAACCUUCAAGGAACUCAAGCGAGUGUGGGAGGUCCUGGCUACUGUUGAGUGUCAUGGUAGUGUUCCUGAUGUUUCAGUCGUCAUGGCCAGCCCCAAGGAAAAGAAGGAGUGGAAGAAGGGGAAGAAACCUUCCAAAAAUCAAGAGAAAGAAGAUGGAGAAUCGCUUGAGGUCAUCUUGAGUCGAUUGGAGGAACAGUCUCUUGAAGAUGAACACAAAGAGGAACGUUCAGACAACUCCACCAGUCUAAAAUUGAAGGAGAACAAAAUUAAGGAGGAGGAAGAGGCAAGAGAUUUUGACCUUGUGGAGGAAGUUGUCGUCACUACGACCGAUCACCUCAAAGAUUAUGACGUAGCUUCCAAGAAACAGAGGAAGAGAAAGAAGAAGAAGAAACCUGAAAGACAUAUACCACAAGAAGAUAAAGAGGAAGAGAACCUGACAAUUGACCUCUACACAAUAUGCCGGACAUGCAACACAGAAAAGCUUGAAGAAAUUCUCCAGAAGAUUCAUCAGCAUUUCAGUGCUACCCCUUCCAGCAACUCUAAAAACCUUACUAGGAAAAGCCUUGACCAUGAAAAGACCAAAGGGGAGAAGGUGUCACCUGAUAACCAUGACCAAAGUCAAGGUGUUGGUUGUGAAGAUGACUGCACUAUAUCCAGGGAAAUACAGAAUAGACUGCCACCUGACAAUGACAACCUGCAUCCGGAUAUAGGCAAUAGAAAAAGUAUACCGCCCUCUGAUGCCGUUGAUAACUCUUGUCAAAGUUCUAGUAGUGACACUCUUGAACACAGUCAUAACAAUAUCUCAGGGAACACGAACUCGGUAGAGUGUGGAUCGAAUCUUCCAGAGUCUUUGGACAGUCCUGGGGACCGUGUCAUGAAAGUUGUCCAGACUAACACCCAAGAAAACACAGAUAGAGACGAUGCUGUCGAAGGAACAUCAUUCAGACCUGCACUUUGUGUGGAAUCGAACAUAGAUGCUACCAACCUGACAAAACAACCUGAACAACUUCCUGAAGGCAAUCCUGGAGGAGGGGAGGACAAAGCAGCGAGAGACGCAGAGGAUAAAGAUAAACAUUGUCCUGGCGUCCUCAGGUUCUUAAACAAACCCCUCGAUGACCUGGGUUAUACCUUUCUACAUGUCGCUGCAGAAGACGGCCAGUGCGAUAUCUCUUACCGUCUUAUGGAGUGUGGUGCAGAUCCUGGUGUCAAAAACAAGAAAGGAAAGCCAGCAUAUGGAUGUUCCUUUGAUAAGAAGACACGAGAAACAUUCAGAAGAUUUCGUUCUUUUCACCCUGAGCGAUAUGACUAUGAAAGAGCUCAGAUUCCAGCUCCUCUCACAGAAGAGCAGGAAAGAGAGAAGUCAGCAAAACAGUCAGAGCGAAAGAGGAAUGCGAGGAAAGCAAAGCGUUUAAAAGAAAAGGAUCAGAAAGAAGUGAAAGAAGCCAAGAGGAAAGAGAAUGAGAAGAAAGAAUGGUAUGCAAAGCUGAGCGAUAGAGAGAAGAGAGCUCUCGCCGCUGAGAAGAGAUUUGCUCAACAGGUUUCCUCAUCAUCUGAUAUGCAGCGAUGCUGGAGCUGUGGUGCUUCUCUUGCUGGGAAAACUCCUUUUUCGUACAUGGAUUUCAAGUUCUGCUCUAUGCCUUGCCUGAAGAAACACAAGCAACAGCCCUAGCUUUGUAACUAACAACUCAAUCCUUGUUGCUGCUGGUGCAUUUUUAUCAGCGUCUGCAGCUCUGCCUUGUCAUAUUUACCUUUAACUUUAAACUACCUGUGCCAUGUAGAACCUACCAUACACUGAGCAAUCCAACAGAUUUGCAAUUAAGCUUUUAACAUUUUGGUGUUGCUAUAAUUAGCUUGAUCUUGCUUGGCAUUGUGAAACCUAGAGUUUGCUGGAUUAGGUAAUACAGCCAACCUUAAACAAUAAUGAUUAACUAAGAAUCCAAUUAAAACACGAAUUAAAAAAUAAUGAGGCAAAAUCUGUUUGUAUGAGGAGCAAAUAAUACAAUUCAUUGUAUGGACAAUAGUCUAAAGUUCGCGGGUAUAGCUCAUGCCAUUAACUUGUGUGACCCAGUAACUUCUGGUAACUUAAUGGUAAGAAUAGUAUACGAUGAUUCUCCUCGAUAUUAGAACGCUGUGUGAAAGUGGAUGCCACUAGACUACAAUAUGAGUAGACCGGAAGCUGUUGGUGCACAUAUCACUGAACGAGAAGUAGAAGUUUAUGUUCAGUGCACAAAGUGAAAGGCAAAUUCAUGCCAUGUGCAACAUGCGUGAACUUUAGGUUAUUGUCGAUAGCGAGAAUUGAAUAGACACUUUUUCUUUGUUCUGGAGGAGUGUCAUCCAGAGUUAUAGAAGUAUGGAAGAACUAUCCAUGUCAAUCAGAAUUCAGCUGGGUGUUUCAUAAAGCUGUUUGUAAGCUAAGAGAGACUUUAAGAAUGACUGGUGAACCUUUCUUACGCGCGUAACCAUCGCCAAUGAAUAUACCAUUUACCACAAUGAAACGAUCACCAGUCGUUCUUAAAGUCACUCUUAACUUAUGAACAGCUUUAUGAAACGGCCCCCAGACAUAGUCUAUUCAAAAACUUGUAUUCGGUUUGUUAUCACAUAUGGUUUCUGUUUUUUUUCUUCAGUUUUUCUGUCAUAUAUAUUUUGUUUUGUUUCUUAAUUUACUUAUUUGCCCACAUUUUGAUUUUUCAACCAGAAUAUAUGUAUUCCCAUUCUGAAUGUGUUGAUAUUCUUGUGAAUUUAAGAUCAACUGAGACACAAUACUUUUAAAUCAUUAUAUAAACUUCAUAAACUAGCAAAGUAAGCCAAGAGAACCAAAUCAAUUCAAAAUAUUUUUUUAGAUAUUGAACUAGACUGUCAAAUGUCAAUGAUUUCAAAAUAUUUUUUAGUAUUUAUUGUUCUCACUUGAUUCUGUUGAUGUUGUUGAUGAGAAAAGCUAAUGAUGUUGCAUGAAAAAGUAAAUCAAAUUCCAUACUUUUUGCCUCCCAAAAGUAGGCACAGAACAAAAGCUUAACUUAAAAUAUGUUUGCUUGUCUUCAGGGUCAGUUUGUGAAAAUGGGUACGAAUUGUAAUAUUGUAUUGAAUCAUAUUCUUAAAUUGUAUUCAGAUUGUAUGUUAGUCAAUGUUUUUGUACAAUUCAUGAGUAUGCUGAUCAUUUGAUGAUGUUUUGUAACAUAAUCAUAUAUUUAAAGAGAACAUAUUUAUUUUAACUGUUGUAGAUUCUUACUAUCAUGGCGAUAUAUAUGUUUUAUCCUUUAUUAAUAUCAAGUCCCUGUUACACAAAGCCUAACACUUGAUCAUAGGAUUGAUUUUACAAUUGAUUACAUUCAUCAUUAUGAGAAAUCAGGGCCUCAUCGUACAAAAAGUAACGAUUGAUCCAAUUAACGUCAACUAUAUGGAAUUCCAUCAAUGUCAUAAUUUUUUCUUCAGAAAAUUUGCACAAUAUACUUUGUGAACAAAGAGAAGCACACUGAAUUGUCAAGAAAACGAUGAAUGUAUGAAUAUACAUCAUAUCUAGAAAAUAAUUUGAAUAAACAUGCAUAUUAGAUGUCGACGUUGCUGGCUUUCCAUAGUUGUGGUUGAUGGGAUCAAAGAUGCACGGUCAAUCACUACUGUGUUGCAGGCCCCAAGUGCCUGUAGCCAUAAACAUAUCUGAAGAAUAAGUUCUGUUGAACUACAGUAUUAUUAGUAGUAGUAGUUGUAGUAGAAAUUUUAAUCUGUCAGAUUAAUGAUAUUUGCCCUCACACAAUUUUAGCUGUGUUAAUGAAUCAUCAUUACCAUUGUAUCUGCUUUCUAUUUAUGUACAUCCUUGCUAUUUUCCACUGGCAUAUUAUGGCAUAUGAUUUCAGAGGUUUCAUAAAAGUGGUAUAUAUUAUUUUAUUUAGUCCCUGAAUUUGAAUUUUUCAAACUGAUUAUUUUCAGAAAAUUACCUUUGAUUGGCCAAUUAACUAUUGCACACCUAAUUUAUUGCAAUAAUAUUAUUCUAUAAGUUAAAUUAUUUUUGGCUCACUCACAACGCUUAUUUGAAAAUUUAAAAAAAGUGCCCAACAUCUAAAGAUCAGCCCCCUCAAACUUUUGCCUGAUUAUGCCUUUUUUGAUGUUAUAAAUUGAGUUGGCUUUGAACUAUAUUUAUAAACUUAUAAAGUGAUUUUGUUCAAUUCUGAAGUAAAACUCUUCAAACAAACAUGUUUUAUUUAUCAAAUGGUACACAGAAUUACAUUUACAAUUACUAUGUUACUAUUGUCAUGUUGAACAAAUUGUGGUGAUACUUGAAAUUUGAAGGUUAUGUCGGAUAAAAUCCUUUUGUGUAAUCAUAAGGAAACUAAAUGAGUUUAAGAAUAUUUAUUUUUACUUAUUCUAUACUUAUUUACCACUCGUGGGAUGGAACGCCCCAUUAGCAAAUUUUGAUUUUCGUAGGGAUCCAAUCAAAGGGAUAAUUCUAAGUGGUUUAUGUAGGCUUAUUUUCAACUACUCAGUAUAAGUGCCUAUAAAACCAAAUGAUGUAGUACCUUAUGUUCGUGAGAAUGUAGAACUCAAAAUGAGUUAAGAAAUCAUUUGUUAUUCAAUUAUGAGACAUUAAUUGUCAUGAAUUAUUGUUUAUAUAAUGCAAUAAAGACUUUCAAAAAUAUAUCAAAAAUUGA